GGUUGGUUGUUUUCUGUGGUUGUGGUUAACCUGAGAACAUUCAUUUCCAUGUUAAUUUGAUCCUCUAUCUGCAUUUUCUUUAUGUUACCUUAUCAGAUUGUGCUUAGCUAAAAUAUUCACGUUCUAUUUCAUUCAUUCAUUCAUUUGCAUUAGCACAUGUCUUUUUGACAAUUGUGCUAAUCAUUACCAAAGUAUGAAUCUUUUUAGGGAUGGUAAGUUGUUAAAGUAUGUUUGCCUGAAUUUGCAUUAUUAGGUAAUUAUUUACUUUGUUCUGAUGUGAUCACGUGGAUCUUAAGUCCAUUUGUAUCAGAGCACAAUCAUUUUUAAUUUGUUAAGAUCCAGCUCAAAUGAUACCCCAAGAAGUAAUUGAAUUCAUGCACUCACUAGCCAUUUCAAGAAUUCUACAACCAUCAUAUGGUGAUGAUGAAUGAUUGUUAUGUUGUUCUGACAUGACAUGUUAAACUUAGAGUUUUCUGUAAGACUUAGACAUUGAAGGCAUUUUUUUCCAAUAAUCACCUGUCCUAAUUUGGUUAACUUUUUUUCCCACCUGCACUGUCCAUCUUGUUGAAAAGCCAAGCUUAAACUUUAGGCUUUGGUAUUCACAAAUAUUAUCCAUUAUCAGACAUGAGGCUGGAGAUUUAAGAAAUUUUUGCAUGCUAGCUAGUCACAUCAUUAGAAUAGUGCUAGACAUGUGGAAGGCAGUGGUAUGAGUGCAAUAAUAUCUGAACAUGUUUUCUUCACUAUUAUUUUCUUUCUUAAGAUCUGUCCAAAUGCGUGAUCUUUUGCUGGUUUAGAAAAAUUAAUCGCUUUUGACAUGAGAAGAUUGGUUCUUAUUGAACAAGAUUCUAUAAGAUAAGAUUGUUCAAUGAACUGUUGUUUUAUUCAUCUUUGCCUUAGAACCAGAUAAAUCUAGUAAGUUUCAUAACGGAUUAUGAUUUUAUUACCGGCACUCAACAGCUGAUAAUUUGUCACCUUUGAAAUCCUUUAUGUUUUCUAUUUCCUAUUCGGAGAAUAUUGGUGUUAGUGCAUUUUUCACUUACAGAUAGAUGGGAAAAAGUAGGGUCUUUUCAUAUAAGUUAACAGCUUCCUAAGGGCUGAGGCUCUCUGCAGGCGACCAGACGGGUUAGAGAGAGCAUGGCUGCUGCCAGUGGCUCUGAUUUAUCUUCAGAAAUGGAGGUGGAUGCUUUUAGACGUCUUUUCCCUCUGAAUUUUCAUGAGCGCCAUCUGCUUAAAUCUAUUAGACCUGAUGGCAGGACCCUUGGAAAAGCUAGAGAUACAAUCAUAUCCCUUGGAGCUGUUACAUCGGCAAACGGAUCUGCACUAACAAAGAUAGGCUGUACGACCAUGUUGGCUGCCAUUAAAUUGGAGGUUAUGACACCUACAGUGGAGUCACCAGAUGACGGAUGCAUAGCUAUAGAUUUUCAUAUGCCCCCAAUAUGUUCUCCUAUUGUUCGGCCUGGGAGGCCAGCAGAGGCCGCUCCAGUUGUGGCAAAGCAGUUAUCUGACACUAUUUUGAGUUCUGGCAUGAUUGAUUUGAAAGAAUUGUCUUUGGUCAGUGGGAAAGCUGCUUGGAUGGCUUACCUGGACAUAUAUUGUUUGGAUGCUGAUGGGUCCCUUUUUGAUGCUGCAUUGCUUUCUGCAGUUGCUGCCUUUUCACAUUUGCAAAUUCCUGUAGUUUCUCUGAAUGAUGAGGGAAGGAUUGUGCUUAUUUCUGAGGAUAAUGGGGGAGGGAAGUUGGAGAAGGAGCCAGUCAAUAAAGAAAAAAGGAAGCUCAAGUUGGCUACAAUACCAUUUUCCUUAACUUGCAUACUUCACAAGAAUUACAUCCUGGCAGAUCCUACAGCAGAGGAAGAAUCCAUAAUGGAGACACUUGUGACUGUGGUAUUGGAUUCCUCCAGUCAAUUGGUUUCUCUUUACAAACCAGGUGGACCAGUUCUUGCCCAAACGUCAGCUAUUCAGGAUUGCGUUGCAUUAACAAGACAGAGACUGAAGGAACUUCAAAAGAUCUUAAAUGAAGCAAUUUCUGAUAUGGAGGUGGACUAAAAGCAGGAGUAACUUGUGAAUCCAUCGGUAUCUAGGUUUUAAUGGUAUUCGUUUCUUCAUACCCUUUAGCUUCCUUGGUUGAGAAUGAAAUGAGCAGCAAAAUAUCACAGAGGACUGUGUUUUAGCCAAUCUUUUUGCAGGGAUUAUAGUUGGAGAGGAAUUAGACAAAUAGCAAUUUCAUGGUGAGCUUGUAAAGGAUCCUUGUGACUGAAACUUUUCUUGACCUUUUUCUAAUUUUGUUCUAUCUUCAUGUCAGAUUUACUGAUAUUUAGAUAACACACAUUCACCCAA